AUGUCAACAACAAUACCCAAAACGCAGAUCGCCGCAUGGCUCGAAAAGCCCCAGCCUGGCGCUCGGCUACAGAUCAGGAACGAUAUCGAGGUGCCAUCUCCGAAAGAGGGUGAAGUCCUUGUGAAACUGGAAUAUUCCGGCUUCUGCCAUUCCGAUGUGCACAGCAUAUAUGGCGAAACGCCGAUGAGCACCGACAUCGCUGGCCACGAAGGUGUAGGAUAUGUGAUUCAGCUGGGGCCCAAUGUUCCGGAGGAGAUGAUGAAUGCCAGGGUAGGCAUCAAAUGGCUGUACAGUACAUGCGACUCCUGUGAGAUAUGCGCCAAUAAUCCCACGGCAUGUCCAAACCAGGUCAACUCUGGACGGAACACAAGGGGCACUUUCCAACAGUACAUCGUUACUCCUGUGAAGCAUGCCACUAGGAUCCCGGCAGGGUUGAAGUCUGAAAUUGCUGCUCCUUUGCUUUGUGCGGGUUUGACCAUGUAUUCUGCACUCGCGAAAGCAAGGCUGCGGCCAGGAGACUGGGUUGUAUUACCCGGUGCGGGAGGAGGCUUAGGCCAUCUUGGCGUCCAGAUAGCGGCUAAACGCGGCUAUAAGGUGAUUGCCGUCGACACCGGAGACUCAAAGAAGGAGAUGUGCAUGAAACUUGGAGCAACCGUUUUCCUCGAUUUCAAGACUGACUCGAUUGAAGGAGAAGUCAAGCGUCUGACGAACGGAUUCGGAGCACAUGCCGUCAUCGUCACCGUUGGAAGCGACGCUGCAUAUGAUCAGGCGUUGAAGCUGCUCCGCAAUCUUGGGACCCUGGUGUGUAUCGGGCUGCCCAGAUCGGGAUUGAGCUUGCCGAUUUCGCCGUUCAUGAUGGUUGUGAGAAGUCUUACUAUAGUGGGAUCUUCCGUUGGUACUGCCCAGGAGAUGGAUGAACUGCUAGAAAUGGCGGUCAAGGGAGAGGUGAAGCCUGAAAUCGCCGUGUUCGAAUUUGACGAGAUCAACAACAUCAUGGAGAAGCUUGCCCGGUUCGAGAUUGGAGGCAGAGUGGUCCUUAGACUCCCUGAGUGA